AUGAAGGAACUGGAUGACGGCAGAUGGAACGAUAGAAUGAUACUGAAUGUCGGCGGUGUGCGACACGAGACGUACAAGUCGACCCUCAAGAAAAUACUGGCGACACGGCUCUCUCGUUUGGCAGAAGCUUUGGCCAAUUACGAUCCCAUUUUGAACGAGUACUUUUACGACCGCCAUCCAGGUGUUUUCGCCCAAGUAUUGAAGUACUGCCGGACCGGAAAACUUCAUUACCCGACGGACGUCUGUGGACCAUUAUUCGAGGAGGAGCUCGAGUUUUGGGGUCUGGAUUCUAAUCAGGUCUAGCCAUGCUGUUGGACUAUUUACAGCGUUCACAGGGACACGCAGGCCACGUUGGCAAUUCUCGACAAGCUCGACGUGGAAGGCGAGAAGCUGAGCGAGGAGGAGAUCGCGCGGCUUUUCGGUUUCGAAGAGGAAUACAACAGGGGCACCCUUUCGAAAUGGCAGAAGCUAUGGCCGAGGAUCUGGGCUAUUUUCGAUGAGCCGUACACCUCCGCCACGGCGAAAUCCAUAGCCGGCGUUUCAAUACUCUUCAUCUGUCUGUCGGUUCUCUGCUUCUGCCUGAAGAGUCACACGACAACGAAACGUGGAUGCAUAGAAGAUAUACAAAGGUCAAACACGAAGAGAAGAAUACAAAGCAUUUAUAAAUCGAUAACUCUAGGAAUGUUGUUAGAUAGAUUCGCCGUCUCACCGGUGAACGCGAUCGACUUAGCAGCCACGCUGAGCUUCUACACGGAGUUCCUAACGGAGUCUAGCUUGUAUCUGGAGGUCCUGUCGAUAGCCCGAGUCCUGCGGCUCUUUAAGCUGACGAGACAUUCUCCGGGGCUUAGGAUCUUGAUUCAUACCUUCAAGGCGUCUGCCAAGGAACUCGCCUUGCUGGUUUUCUUCCUCGUUCUGAGCAUCGUUGUAUUCGCCAGUCUCAUAUUUUACACGGAACGUCUUCAAGAGAACCUAUGUAAUGACUUCGAUAGUAUACCACAUGGUCUCUGGUGGGCCUUGGUGACCAUGACGACAAUUGGCUACCGGGAUAUGACACCGAAAACUUUCCCAGGGAUGUUUGUCGGAGGGCUGUGCGCGAUUGCUAGCGUUUUAGCCAUUGCCCUUCCUGUUCCUGUUAUUGUCAGCAACUUCUCUAUGUUCUACUCUCACACACAGGCUCGUAGUAAAUUACCGAAGCAGUACCGUACCAACUUGAGCAUUUAA